AUGCUUGAAUNGUACAGUGUGAACGCUAGUUGGCUUGGAAGCGUUCAUGACUCUAAAGUGCUUCGGAACUCAGCCGUAAGUCAAAGAUUUGACAAUGGUUGGAGGCCAUUCCCAGAUGCUGUUGUGUUGGGGGACAGCGGUUAUGGUCUGAACAAUUGGCUAAUACCUCCUUUGCGCCGCAAUACCGGCAAUCCUUCUGAGAUAGCUUUUAAUCGUGCUCAUAAAAAAACAAGACGAAUAAUUGAAAAUAGUUUUGGUAUACUUAAGGAAAGAUUUCCAUGCUUGAAUCAUUUGCGACUUGCCCCUGAAUUCACAGGAAUGGUAGUGCUAGUUUGCACCAUUUUACACAAUAUUGCGUGUACCGUCGGCGGCGAUAUGGAGAAUAUUAUGGAGGGCAACAACGAAUCUGAUGAAGACGAAAGCAGUGAAAGCGAAGACUGUGAAGACGAAGAUAAUAAUGACAACUAUGUGCGCCAUAGCAAUGGAAAUCUACGAAUGACGUCGCUGCUAAAUUAUUUUGCACAAUAA